AAAGAAUCGUCGAAAAAAUAAUGUUAAAAGUUUGCAUAGCCGUCUUCUGUUUCUAGCGCCACGCUACAAGGUAGUUGCCGCCGGCUCAGCCUCUCCGACGUAGCAGCAGUUGGGUUUCAGUGUCUUCUCUCCGAUUGACAAUGGAGAGAAAUUCAGCAGCUCACGCCAUGGAAUGGAGCAUAGAUUUAGAGAAAGCUCUUCGCUCAAACUCACCAGCUCUCUCCACACAAGCCAUUCUACAGUUCGGACCCAGACUCCUUCGAUGGAGUCACGAGCCAUCACCGCCCAAACUCGCUGCACACCACAUGUUCGACCUAAUUCCCGGAGAAGAUCGUCUCUUUUCCAAUGCCAUUCUCUUGCGCCUUGCUGAUGCUUUCAAUUCUGGAGACCAACACACCAAGCUCUGCGUUGUGAAAGUGUUUUUAAUGGAGUACAAGCAACGGGAGAAAUGCCAUGGGAGAAGAUAUAAAGGGUUUUUGUCUAAGGGAAGGGUUUGGAAUCGUAGUGAGUUGUUGAGUCGAGUUAAGGUUGUGUUUGAUAAUGGUGAUUGUGAUUCAAAGGCUCUGGCUUUGGCUCUUUUUGGUUGUUGGGCUGAUUUUGCUAAGGAUAGUUCUCAUAUUCGGUAUUUGGUGCUUUCGAGUUUGGUCUCUUCUCAACUUUUGGAGGUAAAGGCAGCUCUUUUUGCUGCAGGAUGCUUUUGUGAGUUAUCAGAUGACUUUCCAUGUAUUGUAUUGGAGAUUCUUGUUAAUAUGAUGAGCUCAACUGAAACCUUGUUACCUGUUAGAUUGGCUGCAGCUAGAGUCUAUGCGAAACUGAGAUAUUCAUAUUCAACUGCAAUUAGAGCUUAUAAGACAGGUCUAAAGCUAGUAUUAGAUUCCCCAGAAGAAAAUUAUCAGAUUGCAAUGCUGCUGUCACUGUCAAAAAUUGCAUCAACAUUUUCAGUUCUUAUAUCUGACCAGGUUGGCUUUCUUUUAUUGUUUCUCAGCCCAGAUAAGACUUUGAAGCUACAAGCAACUGCACUAAAAUGCCUUUGUUUUAUGUUUAAUAAAGGAGCAUACAAUUUUUCGGCUAAUGUGAAUCUGGCCGAAGCAUUGUUCAGCACCCUCGGUGAAUCUUUAGUUCCAGCAAACAUUCAGUGCAUUGCUUUAAGGAUUUUGCAUAAGAUGGUUUUAUACAUGCAUAGUCUACCGAGUGACAUACUUGAUCUCGAUAAGCUCUUGACUGUUGCUGAGAAUGCAUCCAUGUCACCAUUUAUGUCGAAGAGCUUGCUGGCUGUUUGUAUUCUGGUUGAGAUGUCAAAUAAAUUCAAGGGAAGAAGAGAUAUUGGUUCCAACUGGUCAUGUCCUUCAAUUACUUCCGGGGCGAUUUCAAUAAUCUUCAAUUGGAUCACCUUAGAGGUGAAGCCAUUGUUUGAUACUUGUCCUGAUUCUACAGUGUUUCAAGAAGUUAAUAAAUUAUUCAAUCUUCUUCUUUCUAUAAUCGAUGCACACCCGGAUUCAGUUGGCUUACUUAUUGAUCAGAUUAUUGUAUUUUUGAAAUACCUCUCCGAGAUGAACAACAACACAGUACUCAGAUUGAAGCUUGUUUAUAAAGUUUAUAGAUUUAUGGUAACCUGUCUUGAAUUUCAAAGUAAAGAAGCCAGUGUUGUCGAUGUACUUGUAUAUGACAAAGUGAAGCUUCUUGUUGAAAAUGUAUGUGAAUGCAAAGAUUUUGAUUGCUAUACACACACAAUCUACUCUCUACUGCUACAUUCUCCUGCCAUUUGGGGUCACAAUACGAAUAAGAGUGAGGAAAGUUGCAAUCUUGACGAUAGGUCGGGUAUAGUGCAGCAUUCGUAUUCAGUUGAGCAUGAAUCGGUUACACUUGAAUUUGCAAAGAAGAUAUUGGCAGAGAAUAGGAAUUGGUUGGCUUACAAAGUUGGAAUGUAUUCUUCAUGUCAGGGUUCAUGGCUCACAUCUUCUUUCAUAUUUCAGCAGCUAAUUACGCUUGUUCAUUCCAAUUCCUGCAGUUGCUUGUUAAAAUCACUAGUUGAAUUUGCUAAAUCUGAGGAGAAAGUCAUGUUGCUGGUUUUGAAAAAUGAAGGUUACUUCUUAGCAGAUCGAUCAAAGAAAAUCAGACCCUAUAUUCCUCAUUCCUACACUGUUCUAGCUGAAGCCGAUUUUGAUGAGGUUCUUUUCAGUGCUUAUGACAGUCUUUGCUCUUCAAAGAAAACAUUAGAAGGUGAUGUUACAUGUCAAGCGUUUCUCUUUCAGCGAUGGUUUUUGUCUUUACGAGCAAAAACAUUAAGAGGUGUGGCGGAUGUACUCAAAAUUCUAGGUGCAAUAUCUGAGGAAAGCAGUAAAAGCGGCUCCCUGGCUGAUUGCUUGUUCUCUUUAGAACAAAUUGCUCAAGUCUCUUUGAGGUUGGAGAAGCUGGUAAAGGAAUUCGAUCUUUUUAGUACAUCCUUCGUAGACAUGGACAACGAAAGUUUGAAAAUCAUUUCAGGCCUUGCACUCAGUACUUCACUUCUGUCCUUUAUAACGGGUUCUUCUCUUUUCAUUCCUAACCUUCACGAUCCUUGUUCGAAAAACUCGACCAACAAUUUACAUGCUCAUCUAAUAGAUAGCCUAGCUGGGAAGUUGUUGCACAUGGACAAUGAAGUCAGUGCAAAACUUUAUCAGAUCAUGAAUACCGAUGACCACAACAAUGUAGAUUGCUGUAACAGUAACUUGAAGUUCAGAAAUCAAGCCUGGAACGUCGGUUAUGAAGCAAGGGAUGUUCUUGAUAUUUGUCGUGUUGCUGUGUUUGAUAUAGCUUGCUUGCAAAGUGAAGCAAGCGGGACUCUUAACGAGGAGGAUACAUAUCGAAUUACUAAGAAUGUUUUACAGUUCAUAUUCAAAAUUCUUAUCAAAUGGAUGAAAAUCCCUUUCAGGACCCCCAAAUACUUCUUCCGAUUUAGGCCUUGCAUUGGGUCAGAACUCUUCGCUGUCAAUGUCGGGAAAAAUGCAGAUGGAAUUUUUGUUUCACAGGGUGACAGCCUUUCUUUAAGUCUCUGUCUUCAGCUAAGAAAUGUUCCUACCGAUCUUCCAGUUCGGCCCACGAAGUUGUUUACCAUGCUCUACAGCAGAGUAUCCUUUCAGCAGCCAAAACCAAUUUCGGAAACUAAGGAGAAUUCUUCUAGAAGCAGUUAUCAAGUUUGGGAAACUGCUGACAUGGUAGAAAUGAAUGAAAAGCUUCUACAUUACGUGACACAACAUGAAACGAAAAAUACGAUCAAUACCAAUACUAAUGUUGAAUGCGGGUUUGUGAAGACAUAUGUUUGUUUCGAAGCAGACGAGAGAGGGCAGGGAUUCUCGAGUUGCUUGCUUGACAUUUCGAGAUUUCCAACAGGUUCUUACAGAGUUGAAUGGGUUAGUUGUUUCGUUGAUAAUCACGGCGCAUAUUGGAGUCUCUUGCCGUUGAAUGCCGGACCUGAAUUUACCAUUUUCUAACUCUUACAGAAGUAGCAAAGCAUGGAAGUUGGUGUAUUUGCUAAAUUGACUAUUGUAUAGAUACACAUAGUCCCUUUUGGAAGAGAAUGUGGAAGGGUUUAUGUGGAGUUUUAUGUAUCAAGCUAAAUAUAUAACAAUGAUGGUAUGUUGUAUUUUUGUUUUUGAUAAAUCAACUUCAACUUAGUAUAUUCAA